AUGUCGCUAAAGCAGGAAAUCGAAACCUGGGUGGCUGCACUCGAGGCCUAUGAUAAGAACAAUUUCGAAGAAGCCCUGCGUCAAUUCGAUCAGAUCGCCGACACCUCCAAGAUCCUCUUCAACUGUGGUGUCAUCUAUGCCACGCUGGGUGAACAUGGUAGAGCAGUUGAAUGUUACCAACAAGCAGUUGGGCUGGAUCGCUACCUUGCAAUCGCCUACUUCCAGCAGGGGGUCUCCAAUUUCUUAUUAGGGGACUUUGAAGAAGCCUUGGCGAACUUCAACGACACCCUGCUGUAUCUCCGUGGAAACACAUCUAUCGAUUAUGAGCAGCUAGGUCUUAAUUUCCGGCUAUUCUCAUGCGAGGUGUUGUUCAAUCGCGGAUCUGGAAUAUGCUGCCAAGGAAAAGUAACCGAGGACCACAACGUUAUUGAUGAUGCGAUACGUGAACAUGCAGAUGGGUAUACGGUUUUCUCAAUCCCCGUUGGAGCCUUGUACCGGCCCAACCCGGCUAAAGUCAAGAACCUCAAAACCAAGGACUAUCUAGGGAAAGCCCGUCUUAUUGCAGCAGCCAACAACCAGAACAAUGAACACCAAUGGAAGCCUGAAAUGGUCAUUGAAAAACUGACUGCUGAAGACAGAGAGGGCAUGUCUUGGGGAGCCACCCACCUUGUCCACAAAAACUUGAGCAGCCGAACUCGUCAACAGUCCGAACCACCAUUAAACCGCCACGUCUUCCCGCCAACACCCCCUCCAGAGGAUCGUGCCGCCGCCGCCGGGGCUACCCCCUUGACUCAAGGGCACAGUCGAUCAUCGUCUCUCCGCAGCACUCGCCCCCCACGCUUGGAUCUGGAUCGAACAGGGGCUAGCUUAGAGCGCCGCCCCUCCGCGUCAGAUGUCCAUGAACACGUCCAAGUCCCCAACCCGGGCCCUCCUUUCGCUCCCGCACCAGCGCAGAAGCCCCGAAUCGGCACAACUCGCACCGCAUCAGAGCCAAGAGGACCCCCAAAUCGGCAGAACCUGCGGGGCCUUGCCCUUGAUACCGGGCGCGGACAGUGGGCCCAAGAACAGCAAACGGGACACCGUAGGAAUUACAGUGAUACCGACUAUAGCACAGGCCAUGACUACAUCCAGCAACAAGCCUACGACGCAUAUAGCCAACCCCAUGGUAUGUCCCAAGGAUUCGGCCGAGGAAGCCGACACCAGCCACCGCAGUAUAUUCAGGAGGAAGACGAGUUCGACAGCGACCCGUGCGAUGGCGAGCCGCUGAACGAUGUUGGAUUCGAGAUCGUCCGGCCUGGCGAGGCACCGGGGCAGCGUCGCACGCGCUCUCCUGCUGGAUACCGGCGGGCCACUUCAAGGCGCCCAGAUGUACGCAGGUUUCGAACCAAGGUCCAUGCUCCUGAUGACAUUCGGUAUAUUAUGAUCGGGCCCACGAUCGAGUAUGCUGAGUUUGAAGCUCGAAUCCGGGAGAAAUUCGGGUUCCAGGGUCCGCUCAAGAUGAGGGUACAGGAUGAUGGUGAUAUGAUCACCAUGGUGGAUCAAGAAGAUUUGGACCUACUUCUUACAUCUGCUCGCGAUGUGGCUCGUCGGGAACGGAGUGAAAUGGGGAAGAUGGAAAUUUGGGUUGAGGAAAUUACCAUGAUUUGA